GCACCCUUUUGCACAAGAUACUUCUCGUUCGGACAUGUUCGCAACGGUCGCGAAUGUGAAGUUCACUGUCCUCGCUUCUGCAGCCAAUCAGAACGCGACUUCGUCAAAUCACCAAGGCAACCGCGAUAAACAUGGGCGAUGCAUGGGUUCAGAGCUGCGUGGCUGCACGUCACUUUCAACUUCACGUACAAACGGGCGCAACAGACCCAGCGCAUCUUGAGCAAACGCGCAGCAGUCGCAUCUCCGUUUGUCGCUGCUGCUUGAUGGGAGCCACUGCGAUCGCUUCGGGACUGCUUAUCUAAUAUCUGGGAACCCACCCCACUUUCUGGCCGCCAUGUCUCGAAUCUCCAUUACUUCGCAGACGCCUUGUCCUGCACCUGCGGCUCUCGAUCCUUCGCACCGGCGCAUCUCUUCUUUUGAGCUCUUUGGAGACGACACAACCAAUAUCGACUAUACACGCGCCAUCGAUCAACCGCUCACUGGCAUUAAACCACGAAGGCGAAGCAUGAUGGGGGGCCCGGCGAGAAAGAAGGCAGCACCCGUCACCAUCUUCGAGGAUGUUAGUGAGGAGAGCGAGAUUACUGCUGGAGAAGUGAAGAAGCCGGUGCUUGGAAACAACCACCAGGUAAGUCACAGCACUUUGCUGGGUAAACCACCCGCGAAGCGCCCUCAUGGCAUGGCGGGCGGCGGCAGCACCUCUGGUACGGCGAGCAGCAUUGGCUUGGGAAUGGCCAGUCUUCGCAUCCAAGAUAGCAGAACUGGUUGUAACGGAGGGAACGAUGGGUCACAAGGUCGCAUCUCUGCUGGAGGGAGAAUGAGCAUUGGUGGAUGUGGCGGACCAGUUGGCGGCAAUGCAAGCUGGGAAUCCCGACGCAUGAUCGGAAUGGGAGGGAAUAGACUGCAUCCAGGGCGCACCAAUGUCAGUGAGGAGUUACCGCGCGGUAGUGGAGGUGCAUCACUGGGACUUGGUUCCACCGUCAGGAAGCCCCCGCGACGACAGACCAUCUUCGUGCCGGAAGAUACUACGGUCAUGACCAUACACCCCGGAGCUCGCGAUGACACUCAUCGGAUCGAGGACACGUUCCACCUCCCAAGCCUCACUGGACACCGAGAGUUACAGAGCGAAGAGAACUCUGGCGUCACCCAGAAGCCCGUACGCAAGUCGAGAUCGUCACUGUUGGUGGCACCGAAGCGAUUGCCUCUGCGCGAGACACCCUCCACGGAGAACAUACCUGGAUGGGACGUGGCUGGAGCCGAUACUGGCAAGGAGAACCUGCCACCAGCCGGACAAGUGCUUGCACAAAAGGCCGUGAAAUCUUUUGGCAUUGUCGAGCCCACUGAGACACGUACUCUGCCACGCAGUCUCUACGCACCAACGCAGGCCUCUCGCAGUAGGCAAUCGAUCGUGCCACGGGCACACGCCCAACUCACAUCGGCGCCCUCGCAAAUCCCACCGGGCAUGAAGAUGCAUACAACUAUAGACUUUCGUAAAGACCGCCCAAAAGACAAGCCGCGCAAGACCAUCACAUUCAUGCCUAUCGAUGAGCGUGAUGCUUUUGCGCAUACGCUCAACACUACCGGGGAGACUACUUGUCGGCCUACUGCACCAGUGCACGCUGACGACCAUUCCCCGCCCUUGAAGGCUGGCUCGAAGUUGGAUGAAGAGAAGCAGAGGAUUCGUGAAUUCGUUGCCAGCAAGCGCAACGAGCAACAACUUGCCAAGCUCCAGCAGUACCCAAUACUCGAAGGCAAUCUCUCGCAGCCGGCUCUUUACGAGGACAAGUGGUUGAGCUUCCAGGAAGUGGCACUCUCCGAAGUUAUCAACGGGAUCUUUCAACUCACUUCGCCGGCUCCAGCUAUUCACGCCUCAGCGGCUGGCGAGUCUUUGAGAGAGCAACUCGUCAACCUGUAUAAUCGCCCGGAAGUGGCUAGCUUGCAUAGCCGUCUUCAGGCUUCGCUCAAAUACGGCGCACUUGCUCAUCCGCAGCAUUCGAUUGGAACGCACCAGCCCACACAGGAUCUAGGACUGCGGAAGCGCCUCAUGAAGAUGUGGCUGGAAGUAUACAACAACCAGAUUCUGAUCGAAGCUGCUCAGGUCGUUGCUGGCAGACAAGUACUUCAGCCUUUGAACACCUCACCUGGCUCAUCCCUGGAUCCAAGAUCUGGCAAGCGUGCCCAGACCGCUUUUCUCGAAGACUUCUUCGUCUGCGUAGUCGAUGUUGAUGCCGAUCCACAUGCCACCAGCGACGAGAGUCUCGACACUCUGCGUUGGCAGAAGACCAUGCUUCGAAGCUUGAUGCUCGCCUGGCUCCUCGACCAGUCUGCUGAGGUUGGUAUUGUCGACGGUGGCUGCCUCAUCACCCGCGACUCAAGCAUCAAGACGACUGAAUCCGUUCUACAGACACUUGGUCGUCAUAUGUUUCCAGCUUGCGGAGACAUCAUACGUACGCUCAAGCAUCUGCAGUACGAUGUACAGUACCGCCAAGAUCCUCUCAAGGAGGUCGUCUACCAUGUCACGAACAUUGCGACGGACUUCCGCGAUGGCGUCUUCCUCACACGCCUUGUUGAGACGUUUCUGUAUGAACAUAUGGAUCUCAAGAAAUCGGAGAACACUUUGUCACAGUUCCUGAAGCUUCCUGGUGAAAACUCCUCGCAACGCAGCUACAACGUCCAGGUUGCCUUAAGAGCCUUGUCCGCCUACGAUGUCUCCACUGCCAACAUGGUCGCUGAUAUCGCCACUGAGGAUAUCGUCAACGGUCAUCGCGAGAAGACCCUCAGCCUCCUUUGGUCUCUCGUGAGCAACUACGGCCUCUCAUACCUCGUAGACUGGAAGAAGCUUGCCGCGGACAUCGAUCGCGUUGCCGGACAUGCACUUGCGAACCUACCAGUCUCUCCAGCAGAACAAGAGGAGCUGCUUCAGCAAUGGGCGGCAGCCUAUGCCACCCAAGCUGGCCUUCACGUCGACAACCUGUCGACAUCCUUCGCUGAUGGCAAAGUCUACGCUGCUAUCCUCUCCACUUUCGUCGAGAAACUCAACGUCAAGCCAGAUGUACCAAGUGUGCUUGGGCAGCUCCGAGCUGUAGGUUGCAGUCAAGCUUUCAGCGAGAAGAUUGCGGGCUCUGUGGGUGUCGUGGUGGGAAAGGAGACGGUGGUGAGCAAUCUGACCUUCUUGGCGUCGAGACUGCUGCUCUUGGUAUGAGGAUCACCGGGAAUUACGCAUUGUGGGCUGGCUAUUAAGUGAUUGGAUGGACGUGCUUAUGCAUGUAAUCGCUCACCUUAUGGGGACGAGUGCAUGGAAUGAAUGACGAUCGCAUGAGUACUUAAUAAUGACAAAGGAUCGAACUGUAAAGAUUUGUCCAAUGUUCAGUGUCACGAAG